GUGCCCGUCCUCCUCCCAGGUGUUGUGUGCAGUCCCCGCCGCUCGGACUUCGCACCUCCCUCCAGCUGCAGCGCCAGGAGCCGAACACAAGGCGCUUUCUGCUCUGACCUGAAGGGAAUGUGAGGAGAAGAGGACGGGGACAAGACGGGACUUGAUGCGGAGCCGCGGAGGGCGGGAGGCUGGCACAGGGCGCAGCGCGGCACAGGGGCCUCUCUUCCCAGGGACUAGUCGCUCAGGACGAGCUGCUGUAAUAAGGACGACCACCCGGGGGACUCUGCUGGGGAAUGGACGAUUCGGGAUCUUGGUCUGAGAACUCCAGUCAGGACGCGUCCCUGCCACCUGUAGGGAAAAGGGCCAAAGGCAAAGCUCCUCUUCCUCCUGGGGAAGCCAGGCGCUUGGAUAGUGUCCCGUCAUUUGAUUCCGCAGACACAGUCCAGUAUAACAUGGACCAAAAAGAAAAUAUCGAUCGAGACAUUGAACUGAAGGUGGUUUUGCCUGGUGACCGAAUCGCAACAACCAUCGUUCAUGGCAGUAAGCCUAUGAUGGACCUGCUUGUGUUCCUCUGCGGACAGCACCAUCUGAACCCCUCCGCCUACACCAUAGAUUUGAUUUCAGCCGAUAAAACACCGCUCAGGUUUAAACCCAACACACCCAUUGGAAUGCUGGAGGUGGAGAGAGUUGUUCUCAAGUCAAAAAAUCCGGAUGAGAAGAAUAAAAAGCCUGGUCCAAUAAUGCCAGAACAAACUGUCCGAGUCGUCAUCAACUACCGAAGAACACAGAAGACUGUGAUGAGAGUCAGCCCUUUUGUCCCACUUCAAGAUCUCAUCCCCUCCAUUUGUAAUAAGUGUGAAUUUGAUCCUCGGUCUACAGUGUUGCUUCAGGAUUACCAGUCCCAAAAGUCUCUUGAUAGAACGAGGUCCCUUAACGAGCUUGGCCUAAGGGAGCUGUAUGCGUUUGAUCACAGCAAAGCUACAUCUCCAACGGAGAUCAGGCCACCGCCUUUGCACGAGUCUUGUCAGAACGUGGAGAUCAAACAGAAUGACGACAAGGGCUUCUUCAACUUUUUCCGCAGAAGUACUAAAAAGAAACGUGAUCAGACCUCCAGUGCCCCCGCCACGCCAUUGCUCAAUAAACCGAGGCCACAAAAUGUGACAAGAGCGAAUACAGUCACCAAGACUUACGAUUCCAACACACUGCCUUCUGACGUACCAAAGAAACGGAGAGCUCCGCUGCCACCCAUGUACCCGCCCCAGAACGGCAACAGUGAAAUACACCGGAGCCAGAUUCGAACUUCAUCUGUCGUCGUGAAAUCGGUCAGCGUUGACGAGUCCGAAAAGGCUUUAGCAGGUUUUGACAGGUCCAGGACCGGCUCUUUCCAGAACAGUGGGACCUCCUCGUUUAACUGUUCUCUAAGGAGGACAAAAAGGAAAGCCCCGCUACCACCAUCGCCACCUCCAAAAACUCCUCAGGAGAUCAGUGACGAGAACAGUAACUCUAUUGGGGUUUCAGAAGAAAUGAAUCACGAGAAAGCUUCUAAUGAUGAUUAUAGUCCUCACCAGACAUCCCCAACAGUGCAUUUCAUCCCUGGACCAGAGCUCCAGGAGAUUGAGGAGAAAGAGCAAUUGAGCGUUUCACUCAAGGAAGAAGCGGCUUCCAUCUCUAAGGAAAAUGUCAACGGUUCUACCAAGGAAGAAAUAAGCUUACCUUCUACUGAAGAACAUUCAGAUGCUACAGCCAGAGUCGUGGAUAAGAGCGCGGCUUCUGACACGCACAAUUCUUCCAGGCUUUCUGAUGUAGAGGAUAUUUCCAAGAUUACACAUGACGAUAUAACAUCAAGUCUUUUUAUAAAAGAUGAAGCUGCAACUGAAAAUACAACACUGGAAUAUGAUAAGAUUGGUGAAAAUAGGACAUCUACCCCUACCAGGGAAUUGAAGAAUGGUCAAUUACUUGAAAGUAAAGUAGCAGUAGAGGAACAGGCCUCUCAGACUCGGCCAUGUGUACAGUCUACUGAAGCUCUAGGUACUGUUACAGAAGAUAGCGGAUACAUUAAUCUGACUGAAAGCAGUGCGGAUUCUGAGCGGAAGCAAUCCAUUAGCGAAAAGGGAAAAAUGCAGGAUUCGGCGGUGCAGACAGUGAAUUUUGACAGCGAUGUGGAGGUAACGAUAGACAAGGAGAUCACACAUUCUCAGGGUAACUCUUUGGCAGACAAAGUCCAACAUGAAAUCAAUGGUCAUGGAAAUAAUCCAGCACAACUCGGUGAACAGCGUAAUAAACAUGAACAUAUCAGCAACGUGAGGGAGAGCGUCGAAACUCAGACAGUAAGCAUCCAGGAGAACAUGGUGGAAAGUUCUCAAUCAAAAGCAUUUCAUUUAUACCGACAACAUUCUGACCCAAAACCUAAGCCUUCCAAUGAGAUUACUAGAGACUAUCUGCCCAAAGUUGGAAUGACUACUUACAAAAUUAUACCCCAAAGAUCAUUUGAUAUAGAAAGGUAUGUAGACCAUGAAGGUUCACAAGAUGCAGGGAAGCCUGCAAUCCCAUCUGUGAAUGAACAGGACACUAGUCAUACUGUCACAAACAGCAACGUUGCCCCUCAUUAUGGCCUGGCUUAUGAAAAAAGUGAACCUCCUUCAGUAGUGAAAAAUGGAGCCCUAUCACCACAGGGUUCAAACGUCAAUACACUGAGUACGAUUUCCAAAACUACUGCUAGCCAAAGUCAGAAAGAACAUUUUGCACUAUCAAGAAGUUUACUCUCUGCCCCUGUUUUAACGUCAGAUAAAACAUCUCCUCCUGAGGUCAAACCAAAGCCAAAACCUACCAGCCCAGUGAAAGGUCCAAGUUCUUUCUACCUGCAGAUGCAAAGGAGAGCUUCAAGCAUGUAUGUGACGUCGGCUAUUAACAAGGCAAAAACGUCUGCUAAUCCUUCAAUCACUACUGCUAAAAUUAACGACUUGGGAAACGAGGCAUCACAGAUAACCAUUAAAACCCUUCCUUCUAGAGUCAAUGUAGUAAAUUUUCCACCUAAUAUGGAAGAUAAAUUACCAGAAGAAAAAUCACCGUUGCCAGAGAUGUCAAGUGAAAGGAAAAAGGGUGGUCUUGGGACCAUAUCCGAAAUGCAUUCAGAAGUUGGAAACCAGAUCAGUGUCCCACAAGCUUCUAUUUCUGAACAAAGAGGAUUGUCAAAAGAACGGUAUUUUCAGCCACAAGUGGUUGAAUCGUGUGAAGAGAAAAGGCCUGAUUUUUUAACACUGGAGCAAAAACUUUUGGAAACCAGGAAUUCAGUGCCUCAGGUCUCUCACAAGAAACCAUAUCCAGUUGUGCAGAAUAAAUGGAAGCCUGAAGUAGUUUCCACUACAUCUUCUAGCAAAACUGUGCCAUCUUUGAUCUCUCCUACUAGUCAGAACCCUCCAUUAACUCUACCAAAAUUAAGCAACUUUGUCACCCCAAGACCAUUUUUAAUUUCGCACAGUUCAUUUUCAUCCUCUGUAACACCAGUGGUUAAACGUUCUCAAUCGUUCAGUUCUGGCAUCUCGCCUACCAAAUCACCUUUGAAUGUGGAUACUCCCGUGGGUUGGUCUCCGGUUACUUCUCCAAGUGAAACCAAGAAGGAUUCGCCAGUAUUCUCAGCUAUUCCACAGGAGAAGGCCGACCAUGAGACACUAACCCAUGAACUAAACUGUAGUCCUCCUCCCGUUCCUGAAAAAAAGCCCUCAGUAUCUUUCCAAAGUUCUGAUCCAGAACAACUCCGUCAGGAUAUCCUGGCUGCCAUACGUUCCGGACAGGCGGCUUCCAAUCUGAAAAGGAUCACGAUCCGCUCAAAUACUAUUUCUGUUAAUGGAAAAUCCGAAAUCAGUCAUCCAGUGUUCUCAGAAACGCUCUCCGAAGACUAGCGGUUGUGCCAAAGAUCAGCGAUUUUAUAUUGACUUCAGCCACCACCUACCCGAUUUAAUAGUUCUAUGUGUAAAAGCGUUUUUGAGUUAAAUUAAAAGUAUAUAUUAAUAUAUUAAAAUAAUAUGCAAUAUUGUUGCGACUUUCAUAGGAAAGUUUCGGAAAAGAAAUUAUAUUUUUUGGGGGAUUUUUUUGUAAUUAACUUAAGUUUGUGGCCUGCCAUUUUCUAUAAUCGUAGACGUUUAUGUUCUAAUUAGAAUAUAACCCGAAAUUUAUAGAUUUAUAGCAAAGUUCUUUAUGUUCUGUUUAUUUUGUACAGUCAUAUGCUGCAUUUUGUUUGUUUUUCUGACUACGAUGUAAUGAAUCUUAAGCAAUGUUGAUUCCUUAAAUUUACUGUAUAGAACUGCCAAUAUUGCCUCAUUGUUGUAGAGAUAAUUUAAAUAAAUCUGCAGCUAGCAGCGUUGACUUUAACUCUCUGAUUAAAAUGUUACUGUAUCUGUUACCUUGACCUUAAAUUUACGGUUUCCUUUUUUUUAUUUAUUUUUUAUUACGUUUUGACGAUUGUUAUGAAGGUUCUUCACCUAAGUGUUUUAUUUGAAAAAUCUGAUUAAUUUGGCAGUAAAAUAUUUAAAAAGGCGUGCCUAAGAGGGACUGAACUGAUGCAUCCUGAUGCAUACUAAACAGAUUGCUCUCCAUUCAGAAUGCAUUAGGAUAGAACUGAUUUGUUUUUUUGCCAGUACUGAGCCCCGAGGACUGAACUCAAUACCGGAAAACUUUAACGCAAGUGUGAAAGUACCCUAAUUUGAUACAGGCUGGUUGCUAUGGACUUGCUGCCUGACAACCCUAGUUGUGAGGGGGUGUAUCCCUAGCAGUAAGGUAACGUUGGGGCCAUGUAUUUUGUACUGCGAACGCACCUAUUUUGAGGGACAUACCAACAAACUGUGUAUGAAGACCUCCUGGUUGGGGGGGGGGGGGGGAUCAGCAUGCUGGAUUUUAACGUUCCUGAACCUUUGUUUCUGUUGGGAGUUGUCUGGUAGGACCAUAUUCCUCUCUGACCAUUGAAAUACACAAACACAAAAAAAAUACAAAAAUGAUCUGGUGUUUAUUCACCAAGAUGCAUCAUAACAGAGCGACGUUUCGACUCUCCUGAGUCUUGCUUGAGAAAGACUCAAGCAAGACAGUCGAAACGUCGCUCUGUUAUGCAUCCUGGUGAAUAAACCCACUUGAUCUUUUGAAACUGAAGGAGUGCUGCAGAUCAUUUUUGGAUUUAUCUCUGGGACUACAAGCCAGGGUCCGUCACUGCCUUCACCCAUAGGUCCUUUUUGAGGACUGUCUCCUAUUGACUGGAAACGCCUAUUUAGGUAAUGUAGUGCUGCUCCACUGUGAACUUCAUUGAAAUAAACAUGCACACUUGGCUGGGCCAAGUGUGAACUUUUAUGGUGGAGUCAGAAAGAAAUGGCAGCAGAAUGAGCUUUUUGGCUGACAGCUAUCUCGUGUGAUAUGACCACAUGGCAACUUUCUUCAGAAAUGGUGCACACCUGUCCAUGAGCUGCGUCCUGAUAUUGCGGCCCAGUCUCCCAUUGACGUAAAGGAGGUUGAGCUACAGUACUACACACAACCUGUAUACAGGUGUGGCCACAGUUUGUGGCUCAAAACAGCUGAGUUCUAAUCCCGCACAAGCUCUUUAAGCCCAAAAGAGAAGCUGCUUGGCUAAACUCAUCUUUAUUCUGCCCCUAUCUUAAUCAGAUUUUUCUACAAAUAAACAUAGGUGGAGAAUCUAUUUAAAGAAAACAUGAGCUUUAAAAGAGAAAUGCUUCACUACUUUUGUAUUACCAUCAACAGACAUAAGUUCACACUGUAUCUUCCACUGCCAAAUAAAAGGUUUUAGCUGUA